GGGGUAUAGCGAAGACUGUGACAAACCACAUUUUUUUGUCACAAGGCUUACCCCCAUAUGGGGAACGAUUAGCCGGCAUCAAGGACGGCAAAGGGGAGCAACAGAAGAACUUCCCAAGUUAAGCAGACGACCCGUCCAGUACAGACCCGCAUGGAAUGCGCCUAGAAUGUCGUCACACACCCAUCGAACCAUUCCGCAACUAGCGGCUCAAACCGAGGACAUAGAUGCGGUCAACAGCCGCUCACUCCAGAACCUCCUCGACCAAGAGGUUAGCGCAUUUUAUUGCGUGCUCCGUUCCGUGGGCAGCGACCGCCGAGCGGGGGCUGGCGCAUGCAUCGGUUUCGAUCUGUCUAAAGCCUGUCCCGUACCCAUCAGGCAUGGGAACAACGGCAGAUGAGUCUCGGCUCCGGACACGGACGGGAACUCGAGGGUGGAGGUGCACCGAUCGGUCAGCGUUGGCGCGAAUCGCCCUUCGGCCCCUUGCGCGGCUAUCGAUGCACACCAGCAUCCCCAUGCUUACAGAGUUCCCGGAGACGCCGUCUUCUUCCAGUUCCCUCUGACUCGGACCGAAGCCGGUUGGACGAUCCGGGAUGCCUUGAAACCCUCCGCGGGGCACCACCCAGCUCGCACCGGCGGACCAAGAGCCCGACCUGAUACGGUUCCAAACAGUACCCGUGGAUGGACGGAACGGGCUUUAUCGCGGCAAUCGCGAAUUUAUGCAAGUACCACAGUCGUCAGGUGGCCUGCCAGUGCGCAGGAUGGAUGUUGUCAGAACGGCGCGCUUAGAAAACCUAGCGUUCAAUGCAUGGUGCGACUAAACCAGGCGGGAGUAGUGCAGUGGCGGUUCGGCCUCUGCCAGCCUGAAUUGCCCAGCCUCGCCCAGCUUUCUCUAUCGUCCGCUUUCCACGAGAUCAUUGGCCUCGACUUUCAAACCCGAUCAGCGUCUCAGAGCGGACGUACCACAGUCAUCGUUCAGUAUCCCAUCCAGACAGGAAACUUCAUCGCACCUGAAUUCCAGCGUUUCACCUCACAUAGCAAUAUCACUCUACCAUAUGCUGAUCCAGGCGUGGUUGAGGAUGCCACUGAGGGAGAGGCAGAUAGCAAUUACCCGGAGGAGAGCCAUUUCGAGGAUGCGUUGUAUGCGUGGCAGGCCGCUCAGAGAGAGGCGGAAAAUAGUCCUGUCGAUAAGGCCAGCUUCUUUCAGGGAGCUCCGUGGUAUUGAGGAUGAUUCAUUCGGCAAGCCGUGGCACAAUGGAGAGAUGAGGUUGGAGAUUUAGGUAAUAUGUAUUAGCAUAGAGCGCGCGCUGCAAAACCACCAAACAUCUUUCCCCCACAAAUCACCCCCUAGUCUCCGCUCAGUCGUCUGUCCUGACCACCAGCUGCGGGCAGUCGGGCGCGUCGGCGUCGACCCUCUCGAUGACGGCGGCGGUGCCGUAGGCGCAGACCUGGGAGAAGCCGCCGAGCUCGCCGGCGUCGAAGCGGAGGGCGAUGACGGCGUUGCCGCCGCGGCUCUGGCACUCGGCGACGACGCGCGAGAUGGCGUCGUUGCGGGACGAGUAGAGCAGGUUGGUGAACCACUUGAGCUCGCCGCCCACGAUGCUCUUGACCGCCAUGCCCAGGCCCGCGGCCCAGUUGCGCGACCGCACCGUGAGCCCGUAGACGGCGCCCAGCACCCGCACGACGCGGUAGCCGGGCACGUCGAACAUGGUGGUCG